CGCUUGUUCUCUCAACAUCAUCUGUUUCUUCGACGCAUCAUUCCUCGCUCUGGGGGCGCUCGGCCAGUCUCCGCGUUCACAUUGACAGUAUUCUUCCAGCCCUAUGAUCUUCCUUCAGUCACAAUGAGCGCUCCUCCCGCACCCGUGGCGACUCCCAUGAAGAACGGGAAUAAUACACAGUCGGAAGUCAGAGACACGGAAUCAGAUAGCGGUCCGGACACUGAGCUCCAACGACAACCCUCCGGUCCUCCAUACACGGUCUUCACUCGCCGUGAGAAGAGCUGGAUUACUUUUCUGGUUUCCGUUUCGGCGCUCAUCAGUCCCUUCGGGGCCACAACCUUCUAUCCUGCCAUGAACCAGCUCUCCCAAGUCUUGGGCGUGAAUGCUACGGAAACGAACAUCUCGAUUACGACGUACAUGGUUGCUCAAGCCAUAGCCCCGGCCAUUAUUGGGGGCAUGUCUGAUAACAGUGGUCGUCGACUAUCCUUCAUUACAUGUUUUGUGAUAUACAUCGUGGCGGCUAUCGGUCUGGCCCUUCAGACAGACUACUACGCACUGCUCUUCUUGAGAGUCCUGCAAGCUUGUGGAGGGAGCGCCGCUAUUUCCUUGACAAUGGCCGUCGUUUCCGAUAUUGCGACGAGUGCAGAAAGAGGAAAAUACAUGGGGUAUGCUACAUGUGGAAUACUGUUUGGUCCCGCUUUUGGGCCAACGAUUGGGGGAUUGCUAGCCCAAUACCUGGGAUGGCGCUCGAUUUUCUGGUUUCUCGCGAUAUUUGCCGGUGUUCUGUUGAUUCUUUUUGUGUUUCUAUUCCCUGAAACGUGCAGAGCCGUAGUAGGCAACGGCUCCAUACCAGCAAGGGGUCUGAAUCGGUCUGUCAUCAGCUACCUUCAAGAGCGCAAACAGCGGAAGGCGGAUUCGUCCUCUACCCAAAAUGAUAUUGAUGCGACGGCUCCCUCAGCUGCGAAACGACCAUUCAGGCUUCCCAAUCCUUUAACGACACUCCGGAUUCUAGGCGAGAAGGAAUCCUGCAUAAUCCUGCUAUACAACGGCUUCUUCUUCACCGGGAUGAUGAUUGUUUCUUCCGCUAUACCCUAUCUCUUCAAAGCUGCCUACGACCUCAACGAGAUCAAACUGGGGCUUUGCUAUAUUGCCCUAGGAACAGGCUCCCUUACAUCCUCACUGUCUACCGGCCGUAUCGUAGACUGGAACUUUCGCCGUCACGCCAAGCUCAACAAUCUCCCCAUCACUCGAGGCAAGCAACAAGACUUGCGCGAUUUCCCUAUAGAAAAGGUCCGCCUCCAGGUUGUUGUUCCGGGCCAUGUAGUUGGAACGAUCGGUCUUGUCUUCUUCGGAUGGUCUGUCAGAUACAAAGUCCACCUCGCCGCCACCGAGGUCUCGCUCUUCCUCAUUGGCCUCGGUGUCUCGACCGCUUUCAACAACUCCAAUACUCUUCUCCUCGAUCUACACAGACACCAACCCGCUACUGCUACCGCGGCUGUCAACUUUGUACGCUGCCUUCUAUCAGCUGUUGGGAGCGCGGCUAUUAUUCCCAUGUGUCGAGCAAUGAAUGCUGGCUGGGCGUUCACUCUGAUUGCGCUGAUCUAUGUCGUGCUGAUUGGCGUUGUAUUCUGGUUGAUGAAGAGUGGCAUGCGGUGGAGACAAGAGUUGGAACGCAGGAAAAGCGAGAAAGAAUCAACAGAGCGUGCUACCGCUGCGACUGAUAAUUCGGGUGGGAGCACUACCGAGAAGCGAAGACUCGGAAUGGCUCCUUGA